AUGCCAAUCACAAUCCUCCAACCGGCAUUACUACCGGCGCACAACUCUCGAGAUGCAAACUACGAUUCCGAGUCAGAUUCAGAGGGCGGUGUCGACCUGGAAGGCGACAUCUCCAUGACACGCCCAACCAAACGAGCUCGACGGACAGGCGACGACUCGAUCGUAACUCCCGGUGAGGUGAUUACGGAAGAUCCCCAAUGGAUGCGCUCCUCUCCGUGCGCCCUCUGCGCGCACGCUACACCCCCCGAGAUAGGCGACCUAGUCGUCGGCCGCAUCGUAGAAGUGCAAGCGAAGCGCUGGCGCGUCGACGUCGGCGCCUCGCUGCUCGCACAGCUGCCCCUCAGCGCCGUCAACCUGCCCGGCGGCAUCCAGCGCCGCCGCACCGAGACCGACGAGCUGCAGAUCCGCACCUUUUUCAGCGAGGGCGAUUUGCUGGUCGCCGAGGUCCAGCAGCUGUACUCGGACGGCGGCGCGGUCCUGCACACGCGCAGUCUGCGCUUUGGCAAGCUGCGCAAUGGCGUGUUCAUGGCUGUUAGCGGCACCGGCGGCGGCGGCGGCGUCAUCCGCGCGAAACGGCAGACUUUCGUGUUGGAUGUGGGGCGUGCGGUGGGCGGUGGGGGUGCCGCGGCGGAUGAUGCGGAGAAGAUUGAUAUUGUGCUGGGUGUGAACGGGUAUAUCUGGGUCAGCAAGCAUGUUGAGGGCGAAGGAGCAGCGGCCGAGGGUACGGGACCGGGGAUUACGCGGAUUGAAGAGAGCGUGGGACUGAAUGUGUACUCGAGUCAGAACGAUGCGAUACCACCUGGAACGAUGCGCGAGAUUGCGCGUGUUAGGGGCGUUAUCAAUGCUCUUAUCGAGCAUGGUCUGCGUGUGGACGAAGAAAUGGUAGUUACGGGUUACCAUGAAGCGGUCGAGAUAGCAAGGGCUGAUGGCGAUGGCGAAGAGACACUAUAUCUUGGAGGUGAACGAGGUCGACGACUAGCUGAUACCCUUGUGGGACGGUAG